GGAUUCCAUUGCACAACAUGGCGUCUAGAGRAACGUGCAAUCGUAUAUGUCGGGUGUCUUUAGCAAAAUAGAAGCUAGCUUUUGGUCGAAUCCACUUUGAACUUUCAUAUGGUGAAAGCUACGAAUCAAGAAGGUGUUUUGAAUGGAGAUAUUGAGCAACAUGGUAACAUCGCCCACGGGGAAUGGUAUUUGAAAACUGGUUCUUCACGAUCAAGUCGAGGUUCAACAAAACACCACCUCCACAAUGAUAACAUUCCGGGUGCAAUGGAUAUACUCACGUCCCUUACAUCAGGUGCCAUCGCAGGCGCUCUUGCAAAGACUGCGAUUGCGCCGCUAGACAGAACGAAAAUUAUCUUUCAAACUUCAAAUACAAGAUUUACAUUGAAGGGUGUUGCAAGAGUUCUCUCAGAUACCUAUAAAAAUAAUGGUUUUACUGGGUUAUUUCGUGGUAAUAGUGCGACAAUGGCAAGGGUCAUUCCUUAUGCAUCAAUUCAAUUCUCUUCUCAUGAACAGUAUAAGAAAAUUCUGAGAAAUGGCGAUGAUAAAGGGCCUUUACCUCCCUUGCGCCGGUUUAUGGCAGGGUCAUUGGCUGGCAUAACUGCAGCAUUGUUGACCUAUCCACUUGAUAUGGUUCGUGCAAGAUUAGCAAUUACACAGAAGAAAAAAUAUACUGGUCUUGUAAAUGCAUUUAUCAGAAUAUAUGAAGAAGAYGGUAUCUUAACCUUCUACAGAGGCUAUGUACCUACAUUGAUAGGGAUUGUACCAUAUGCAGGCAUAAGUUUUUUCACCUAUGAAACAUGUAAAAAAAUGUACGGCGAAUAUUUUCUCGAUGGUAGYAUAACACCACUGCAUAGACUGGCCUUUGGUGCUUGUGCUGGCUUGUUUGGACAAUCUCUCACAUAUCCACUUGACAUUGUCCGACGACGCAUGCAAGCAGAUGGAAUGUAUGGGGAACGGCGUAAAGAGUAUGCUCAUAUAUGGACCACAGCCAAAUAUGUUUAUAAGACAGAGGGGUUGAAGAAAGGACUUUACAAGGGGUUYAGCAUGAACUGGGUCAAGGGGCCCAUUGCAGUUGGAAUUAGUUUUACCGUAUUUGACUUGAUGCAGGCAUUUUUUGAUCACCAUGUUCUGGACAAGACAUAGCUGGCUUUUGUAUUUUAGGUUACUUUUAAGUUACUGAUUGCCAGCUGUCAAUCUUAAUCCACAAUACACUCAUGAAUUCCACAUUGAUGAAUUAAUUUUUUAGAAUAGCUAAAUUUGAUUGACAGCUGUCAACAUUGUUAUCUUCUAUUAUGUAUGACAUUUUURGCACAUAUGUAUCACUUAUAACUCUGGAGAAUAAUAGUUUUUUUCUGUCUAGAUUUGAAUAAUUUUUUUAUGCUAUGUAUAAUUUGCUGUACUCUGACGUUUUACCACAAAAUCGUAUGGCCAUUAGAGCUUUAACUAUGACUAUGAAACAAAAGUCUACAUAMUUACUYCCUAAUAGUUCUUGUUUAGUGACUAUUCAUGACUAUCAUUCAACUGGAACAUUCUAUAUYCWCUUGGGAAACCYAAUACAAAYGAAACUAUAKCUCAUUAAAACUGUUCCAGUUGAGUGAUAGCAACGCAUAGUCACUAAAUAAGAACUAUUAGAUAGUAACUAUUUAGAUUUUAUUUUGUGGACAUAGUCUAGUGUAAGCACUCUAGUUCACAUUCUAGUUCAUAUUCAUAUCUUCUCAUUUUAGCAUUUUUGGUAAGGCUUGUAACUUCUAACAACAUGUGAUGUACAAUGGCAUCCAAUGAAAUUGUUGUGUCAUUAUCACACCCCCUGGAUUGAAAAUAGAACCACAUGGCAAACRGUAGUAUCAAAUGUAGGAUAUUAAAAUUGAUGCCCUACUUGUCUGCUUCACUCGCUCAUACUACUCAUGGCAUAUCAAAUCAAAUCCUAAUGAUAAAACUUGCAUCUGGGAACAUUCAUGUCAUAUCUAUUUAUUGACCUCAAAGUAUAUACUAGUUACUUUUACUCMUGAAAAUAAGACGUUUUUGAAAGUGAGAAAUAUACUUGUUUCAUAGUUGAUUAUAUCAGAUUAUUAUUAUGGAUAUGUUAACAAUGUUAUUAUCAUUAUUAUAUUUGUAGUAACCAUAGUUUUGCACACAAGUUCCAUGUAUUUUAGAACAUCUAUCAACUAGAAAAAAUGUAUUCUAUGUAAAGAUGAUGCAUCUUAAAUUGAAAAUAUUGUUAUUUUAAAGUA